AUGUCGCUUUUCAUCCUUACCGAAACCAGCGCAGGUUACGCCCUGCUGAAGUCCAAGGACAAGAAGCUCUUCAAGCGGGAGUCUCUCCCCGAGGAUGCUAACACUGCCGAGGGCAUCUCUAACCUCUUCAAGUUGAAGAACUUCAAGAAGUUCGACAGCGCUGCUACCGCUGUGGAGGAGGCUGCGUCCAUCAUUGAGGGCAAGGACGAGAAGAAGGCUUCUCUGGCCGUUGCCGACGUCAAGCUUGGAAAUGCGAUUAGCAAGGUGCCUGGACUCUCCCUCGAGCUCAUUGCCGACUCAUCCACCGCCGAUGCCUUCCGUGCCAUUCGUGAGAACUUGAUCACCAUCAUUCCCGGCCUUGCUCCCAGUGAUAUGUCUGCCAUGUCCCUUGGUCUGUCCCACUCUCUCGCCCGCCACAAGCUCAAGUUCUCCCCCGAUAAGAUCGACACUAUGAUCGUCCAGGCCAUCGGUCUGCUGGAUGACCUCGACAAGGAGCUCAACACCUACGCCAUGCGUGUGAAGGAGUGGUACGGCUGGCACUUCCCCGAGCUGGCUAAGAUCCUGAACGACAACAUUGCCUACUCCAAGCUUGUCCUGAAGAUGGGCAUGCGCACCAACUGGGAGACCACUGACCUCGCCGAGAUUCUGCCCGAGGAGAUUGAGGGUGCCGUCAAGACUGCUGCUGAUCGCUCCAUGGGUACUGAGAUCAGCGAGGAGGAUCUUGAGAACAUCCAGGCUCUUGCCACUCAGGUUGUUGAGUUUUCUGACUACCGCCAGCGUCUUGCCAGCUAUCUCUCCUCCCGUAUGAACGCGAUUGCUCCCAACUUGACUGCCCUGGUUGGUGAUCUCGUUGGUGCCCGCCUCAUUGCCCACGCUGGUAGCUUGACCAGCCUUUCCAAGAGCCCCGCCAGUACCAUUCAGAUUCUGGGUGCCGAGAAAGCGCUCUUCCGUGCCCUCAAGACUAAGCACGACACUCCCAAGUAUGGUCUGAUCUACCACGCUUCUCUGAUCGGCCAGGCUACCGGCCGCAACAAGGGCAAGAUGGCCCGUAUCCUCGCCGCCAAGGCCUCCCUUGGUAUCCGUGUGGAUGCUCUGGCUGAGUGGGAUGAGGAUGUCACUGAGGAGGAGAAGGCUGCUCUUGGUACCGAGGCUCGCUUCAACUUGGAGCGCAAGCUUGCUGCCAUGGAGGGCAAGCCCAUCAAACCCCGCGGUGUUAACAUUGCCCCCAACGGCGCUGCUCAGCCCCAGAAGUUCGAUCUGAAGGAGGCCCGCAAGUACAACCCCGAUGCCGAUGCCCUGGCCGACGAGGUUGAGGAGCCCACAUCUGCCAAGAAGUCCAAGAAGGACAAGAAGAAGAAGCUGGUCGAGGACGUUGAUGAGGAUGAGGAUAUGGAGGAUGCUGACUCCGAUGAUGAGCCCCAAGCCAAUGGCACUGAGGACUCUGAGCUCGAGAAGCUCGCCGCCAAGGCUGGUCUCAGUGUCAAGCGAUACCAGCGCAAGUUGGAGCGGGGUGAGAUCACUUUCGAUGAUGCCGGCAACCCAACGGCAGUCAGCAAGAAAGAUCUGAAGAAGGCCAAGAAGGAGGCCAAGAAGGCCGACAAGGAGGAUGGCAAGAAGCGCAAGCGUGAUGACGGUGAUGACAGCGAGAAAAAGAAGAAGAAGAAGAGCAAGGGCGAGUAA